AAAAACCUCAUGAAGCUUCUCGCUCCUCGGACAAAAUUUAGGGUUUUAACUUUUGUUAGACUAGAAAAAACGAAAAUAAAUGACUCAGGGUGGGAAAUUGCUCCCAAAUCUAGAUCAACAAAGCACCAAACUUCUCAAUCUCACAGUUCUUCAACGAAUCGAUCCAUAUGUUGAAGAGAUCUUAAUCACUGCAGCUCACGUUACUUUCUACAAAUUUAAUGUCGAACUUAGUCAGUGGAGUCGAAAGGAUGUUGAAGGAUCUCUCUUUGUUGUCAAGAGGAACGCCCAGCCUCGCUUCCAGUUCGUUGUGAUGAACAGGCGUAGUACAGAAAAUUUGGUAGAGGAUUUACUUGGAGAGUUUGAGUAUGAGGUUCAGGUUCCAUACCUCUUGUACCGGAAUUCAGCGCAAGAAGUAAAUGGUAUUUGGUUUUACAAUUCACGGGAGUGUGAAGACGUUGCAAAUUUGUUUGGCAGGAUACUUGAUGCAUACUCUAAGGUUCCUCAAAAGCCAAAAGUUUCUUCAACUAAAAGUGAAUUUGAGGAACUGGAAGCAGUCCCAACCAUGGCAGUGAUGGAAGGCCCAUUGGAGCCAUCGUCUACAGCUGGCACUACCGUCACAAAUGUUCCUGAUGAUUCUCCCUUCGUUAACUUCUUCAAUGUGGCUCCGAAUUUAGGGAAUGCUUCAAGCGCAGCAGCUCAUGGACGACCUGACCAAUCUCUGCCAUCUUCUCGUUCUUCUUCCAAUGAACCAAUUAAUGCACCCUCUCCCCCACCAGCCCAGCAAUUACCAUCUCCUGUUUUACCAGCUUCUUCUGCUCCUCUUUUACCUAUUCUUGAUUCUAGUAGCAGAAACAACAGCAACAACAGCCGUCUCACGAAUCUAGUAAAACCCAUUACAUAUUUCACACCUCCUCCAUACUCGUCGCCAUUGAUGAUACCGACAACAUCUUCGUGUAUACCUACUGCUCCUUCUCUUCCACCUCCUCCUCUUCAUCCGCUGGUGGGUCCUCAACGACCACCUUCGCUCACUCCUGCUUCUGCUCCAACAUAUAGGCCAGAAUUUACCCGAGAAAAAGUUCGCAAUGCACUUCUGAGGGUUAUUCAGAAGGACCAGUUCAUUGAUAUGUUCUACCAAGAACUUCUGAAUACGCGUAUUACAUGACUAGUCUAAAUUUUAGGUUGUAAUGAGGUCUACUACUUACUGUCCAUAAUGUAGUUAAUUAAUCAGGUGAAUUUGGAAAAGAGACUUAUUAUUUGUAUAGUUUCAAUCAGGUGUGCAAUUUGUCUAUGACCUUGGUAAAUACUUAAUUUAGGUUAAAUGCAAUUAUGUGAUCUACAACAUGUUUUUCC